AUGGAAAACAGCACUUUCUCUUUUUACUUUAACCUCACCAUAUUCAUGAACAUCGGACACUACCGGUAUCUGGCCCUUGUCUUUUUCCUCCUGCUCUACAGCUUUAUUGUGUCUGCUAAUCUUGCCAUGAUAUUGAUAAUAAUACGGGAAAGAACACUACAUGAACCCAUGUAUAUUUUUAUUGCAUUUCUGUCUUUCAACUCCCUGUAUGGUUCUACUGGUUUCUUCCCCAGAUUUCUCAUGGAUCUUCUGUCUGACACUCAUUUGAUCUCUCGUCAUGCUUGUUUCACUCAGAUCUUUAUUAUUUACACAUAUGCUUUUAAUGAACUGACCAUCCUUAGUAUUAUGGCAUAUGAUAGAUAUGUUGCUGUAUGUCAUCCUCUACACUAUCACAGAAAGAUGAACUCUAAAACUGUCUACACAUUGACAUUUUUUGCUUGGGUCUGUCCAGCCUGUUACCUUACAAUGAGCAUUGAUACAGUUGUCAGGCUUCCUCUAUGUGGUAAUAAGAUAUACAAGUUAUACUGUGCCAGCUGGAAUGUAGUAAAAGUAUCAUGUGUUACCACUGCUGUUAACAGCAUUGUUGCUGUACUGGGGGGCAUAGCUAUAGCCUUUAUUCCCUUUGCCUGUAUUUUCUAUACCUAUCUACGAAUUGUGAUUGCUUGUUGGAAAAAAUCAUUAGAGGUCAGAGGGAAAGUAUUACAGAGUUGUUUUCCACAUAUUAUUUCAUUUGUGAUUUAUUCACUCACAUCAUUUAGUGAUGCUGCAUUGAGCCGACAAAAUCUUGAACAAAUGAAUCAAUUUUUAGUAGAAAUUUUGUCACUGGAAUUUAUUAUCAUUCCCCCAGUUUGUAAUCCUCUUGUAUAUGGACUUAAAUUACCAGAAAUUAGAAAACACAUUUUGAAGAUAGUCUGCCUUAAACUCCAAACUAAAAAUAAAUUAUGUUGCAUUGGGCGAGAGGCGGGGUACACCCUGGACUGGUCGCCAGACUGUCACAGGGCCAACACAUAG